AGACGACAAGAAGUGUAAGGUGGAGGUCAAUUGAGCAGCCUGUUUGGUUUGUUUACAUUAUUGCUAGGUUAUAAAGCUACCUGUGCUGCUUUAAUCAAGAUCUAGGCCAGUAUAGAAAAGACAAAAAUGGCUUUUUAUGGGAGUAACUAUCCACAAAGUUAUGGAAGCAUGCAGGGUUAUGGUGGCUAUGGCAGCUUCCAUGUGAAUUCUGGGCCCCCACCCCCACCUAUGAAUAUGGGAGGAGGGGGGUAUGGGGCCUUCAACCAGAGUGCCUACAAUGCCCACACUGGUUAUGGAGGAUAUGUCGCCCCUGGUUAUAGUUGCCCAGCAGUACAGCAGAUGAGUUAUGAGGUUCCCAUGGGAACCCAGGCACCGCCCCAGCCGGUCCUGCCACCCCAGUCCUACACCCACCAGCCUUACAUGCAGGCGCAACAAGAAAUGAUGAUGCAGAGGUACUUGUAUCAGCAAAUGGGAUAUCAAGCACCAAAAAUCCCUGUACCAGCGUCAGAUGCUAAACAAGCUAAAGAAAAGGAGGAACCUGCUGAGAACAAGAAGCAACUGGAUGAGGAGGUGAAGAAGAAGAUGAAGAGUAUGUUUGUAAAUGAGCUCAUGAGGCGCUAUGUGAUCACUGCCACCCUCGAGAUGGCACAGGGAACCGUUGGGCCACUAGUGAAAUAUCCUGCAGAUGACAUGGUGGUUGCCUUCUACAAGAAAGAGCGUGACACCGAACUGGCAGGGCAAGACUGGGACCCAGAGGCAGACUGCGAGUAUCUGCGGGUGGCCAUGAAGGGUGCUGGCACUACAGAGAGCAUCAUCACCCACAUUGUGGCUACUCGAUGCAACAUGCAGCGUCAGAGGCUCAAGACCAUGUUCAAAACCAUGUAUGGAAGGGAUCUAGUUGAAGACAUCAAGAGUGAAUUGAGUGGAGACUACAAGGACGCUAUCUUGGCCUGCUUUGUUUCCCCAGCACACUUUGAUGCCAAGUGUGUCAAGAAGGCCAUUUACGGCCUUGGUACCGACGAACUUGCACUGAUUGAAAUCUUGAUGACAAGAACUAACGAGCAAAUAAAAGAAAUGAGGGCUGUAUAUGGUGAUGUUGCACGUCCAGACCAAAAAACACGGGCCACUCUGAUAGAAGAUGACAUAAAAGGCGACACCAGUGGUUACUUUAAAAAGCUGCUCAUCUCAGCAUCACAGGGUAACCGUUACGAACUUGACAAAACAAAACUAGAACAGGCUGUUGAAGAGAUUGUCAAUGCCAAUGGGGAGGGAACUGGAAUGUUCCAGGUGAACUACACAAAGCUGGCUGAUGAAAAGAAAGCAAAGCGUGAUGCUCAGCGCCUGUUUGAGGCAGGAGAGGACAGGUGGGGAACUGACGAGGAGACAUUUAACCUUAUCUUUGCUACUCGGGACUUCUAUCAGCUGAGGGAAAUCUACAAGCAGUAUGUCAAGAUUGCCCAGGCUGAUAUCCGCCAUGCGGUGGACAGUGAGACGUCAGGCAGCUACAGGAAGGGGCUGAAAGCUGUUGCACAGAGUGUCAUGAACAGACCCAAGUACUUUGCAGAGAGGCUCAUGAAGGCAAUGAAAGGGAUUGGAACUGAUGAGGAAACACUCAUCAGAAUUAUCGCUUCAAGAUCAGAGAUUGACAUGGUGCAGAUUAAGGCAGAGUUCCUGGAGAUGACCCACAAGACUUUGUAUCGCUACAUCAAGGAGGACACCAGCUUCAACUUCAAGAAGAUCCUGCAGGCACUUGUCGGCAGGGACUAGGACCGAUGGAAUACCAUGUGCCUUACUCAAUGAUACUAUGCAUUAUGUUCGUGACUCAGUGAUAUAAGUCUUUAUGUUUCUUACUUGGUGAUACCAGUCUAUAUGUCCCUGACUUAGUGAUACUAGUCUAUAUGUUCCUGACUCUGUGAUCAUACCUGUCUGUAUAUUCCUGACUCUGUGAUACCUGUCUGUAAGUUACUGACUCUAUGAUACCUGUUUGUAUGUUCCAGACUCUAUGAUACAUGUCUACAUGCUUCUGACUCUGUGAUACCUGUCUGUAUGUUCCUGACUCUGAGAUACCUGCCUAUAUAUUCCUGAAUCUGUGAUACAUGUUUGUAUGUUCCUGACUCUAUGAUACUUUUAAUUACGUUCAUGACUCGGUGAUGCCUGUCUUUAUAUUCCUGACUUUGUUAUACCUGUCUAUAUGUUUGUUAAGUAAUAACUUUUUUUAACGGCCAUUUUUCAUGACCAAAUUGUAAACUCUUUCAGAAAAUGUGAGUUCCUGGUUAUUCUUGAAUCAUACUGGGCAAACUGCAUGAAGUUGUUCAAUAUUCUUUUUUUAUUUUUGAAGUGUUGAUUCUGUAUUUUUUUUUGGACUUUUGACAAACUAGAGACAACACUUAAUGAAAGAAUUAAACUUAUGUUUGAAUUUUUCAUAAGUGUAAUUAUGGAAAUCAUGUUUAAUAUAUGAAUGUUUACAUAAUUGUUGCGGUGCUAAACAAUUAAACCGCCACAUAAUAAAACAUGCUACUUGUUUUGUUAGGCUAAAUAUAAUUAUAAAAUCAGAAAACAAUAUCGAAUUACAUGUUCAUAAUACUAUUAAAACAAUGUUGCACUUUGAUUGAGCAAAUAUUGCACGUUUUAUAUUGGGCUAUGCCAAACUAUUUAUAAGUUUUUUGUAUUGUUUUGUUCAUGUUAUGUUAAUUCAACUGUUAAUAUUUUUUAUAUUUUUUUCCUUCAUUAUACAUUCAUAACAAAGUGCGUACUUAAUAUUUAUACUGUGUUAAAAAAUACAUAUUAAAACAUAUUUUCAUUUACACUUAUCAAAUAUUGUUGAUGCAAAAGCAUUCUUGAAACAAUGCCCAGCUGGUCUGUCCCAUAAUUAAAAGUUGUAUCAAUUGAUGUCUUUUUAAAAAUAAAAUAGCUGAUAAAUCCUG